AUGGAUGGUGAUUGGGAGGAAGUCACUAGAUUUCAGUUGCCGCCUUCGGGUGUGCAUCCAGAUCCUACACAAGCUCCUGCGAGAGCAUUCGAUUCAUCUCAAGAGUUAUUUUGGAUUGGGGAUGAACUGGGACGCGUUAAAAGUUUCUAUGGACUCGAAGGUAUAGGAUAUACAUCCUACAGGGCCGGUCAAGAUCCAAUUCGUCAAUUUCUGUUCCAUGAUAAAGGAGUUAUUUCAGUGGGAGGAAGAAGCGUUCAUAUGGCAUCAAGGAGGGGUUUACACAUAUGGCACAUUACGCACGAAGAUAUGAAGGACUUACGAUGUAUGAGUUACACUUCGAGGGGGACAUCAGAGAUACUAGUUGCGGGGAUCCAGGACCAGAUGUUUAUAAUUGAUGUGGACAAAGGGGUUAUCACGAAACAGGUACCUACGAACAAUCACUAUAAGAUCAUGAAAAGGAGCCGAUCCAUUUGUGCGGCCACACCGACGGGGUCCGUUUGUAUACUCGAUCCUUACACCUACACCGUGACCAAGACUUGGCAGGCUCACACAGCACUCAUCAAUGAUAUGGAUGUGCAAAGUGACUAUCUACUCACUUGUGGAUAUUCAAUACCACAUCAAGGAUCAUCGUACAGGCUUGAUACUUUUGUCAUGGUGCUUAAUCUUAGGACGCUGUCGACUUUACCUCCUAUUCCCUUUCCUCCAGGAGCAGCAUUUGUUAGAAUGCACCCGCGAAUGUUGACUACCUGUUAUAUUGUUUCGCAACAGGGUCAAAUUCAUAUAGUUGAUUUGAUCAACCCGAAUUCGAGCAACGUCAGACAAGCAAAUGUUUUAACCACGUUGAGAUCUCUAGAGAUUGCAGCCACAGGGAACGCUAUUGCUUUAUCAGAUAUGGAAAACAGUGUACACAUUUGGGGCUCGCGAGGCAAUAUUCGAUUUGCCGAGCUCAGCAGUCCUAUUGAGUUUGCGGAUCCGGAGGAUAAACCCGGAUCUGGACCUAUCGAAUGGCGCGACGAUACUCCAUUGAAUUUAGUCGGUAUGCCAUAUUAUCGAGAAAAUCUGUUAUCUGCAUGGCCGAGUCAUCUCAUUUUCGAAGUCGGUGCUCCGCCUGUCAAGGUGGACCCAAAUUGGAUUAUAAAUCCUAAAGUUGGAGAUGGGAUGAUUUGUGGCAAAAACGCAAGGAAGGAUGUUAGAAGAAAUCAGAUAGAGAGUAGGAGAACGGCCGAGAGGACGCAACCAAGUAUACAAACGCCAAAAUUCUUGAGUGAAAGGGCUAGAGAAGGCGUUAAUGAUGCAACUCCUGAACGUGGUAUUAAUGAAAUUGCCGAGAUCAUUAGGGAUAAAGAGCUCCCUACUUUACAAGCAGGUAACAGUGCUUUCUACAUGAAUGUUGAGAUUAAGUAUAGCAAGUUUGGAGUCGAUGAUUUUGAUUUUGGAUACUACAAUAAGACUCCAUAUUCGGGGCUCGAGACUCACAUCUCGAAUUCAUAUGCUAAUUCCUUGUUGCAAAUAAUGAGAUUUACAAUUCUCAUUCGAAAUUUUGCUUUGAAACACACUGCGACGGGUUGUCUUAAUGAUAUGUGUUUGUUGUGCGAAAUGGGUUUCUUGUUUGAUAUGUUGGAGAAAGCAGCGGGGACUGUAUGUCAAGCGACAAACCUGCUAAAGACAUUUAGCCACAUUCCAGAGGCUAAGAGUAUGCACUUAUUGGAGGAAGAAUCACGUGGAGUGUCAAUCUCUACUUUACUUCAGUCAUUGAAUCAAUUUCUUCUUAUUAGGAUUCCACAAGAAUUCAAAAGCGUUCCUAGUGGGUCGAACAUAUUUGAGCGUGUUUUUUCUAUGCCCGUUACAAUGAAUAUCAGGUGUGUCUUUUGUAAAAGUGAGCAUACACGACCAGGAGGAUCCUCUUCUGUUGAACUAACUUAUCCGCAAACCCCACCUAAACCAUAUAAUCGAAAUGGCAAGUCACCAUCAAUGCCUAAGAAAUCAUUUUGUGAAAUUUUAAAAGCAAGCAUUGAACGAGAAACAACAAAUCGCGGAUGGUGUGGGACUUGUAGAAAAUAUCAAACUUUACAGACGAAAAAGACCAUCCAUACCUCACCACCAGUUCUUAUGCUCAAUGCAAAUCUUACAACUCCUGAAUCAAAACAGUUUUGGGAAACGCCAGGUUGUUUGCCAGAAGAGAUAGGAACUAUCAUUAACAUGGGUCAAAUCUACUGUUAUCAAGGCGAAGAUUUGAGACUUCACAUAGCACGUGGUGCUCACAACAUUACUGUUUAUUCUCUAGUAGGUUUCGCUGCGGAAAUUGAUGUUGGGCAAAAUGAGAAACCUCAUUUGGUAUCUUUAAUAAAUGUUGCUCAUUCUGCGCCAACUCCACCAGCAGAAAGUCAAUGGCAUCUCUUUAAUGAUUUCCUAGUUACUCCGAUACCAAAAGAAGAUGCUUUAUCUUUUAACUCGAGCUGGAAAUUACCAUCCGUUAUCACUUAUCAAGUGAAGGAAACGAACAAUAGGAUUGACAAUUCGUGGAAGGACAAUUUAGACACUUCUCUUUUAUUUGCCGAUGAAAAUACGCGCGUCAUUAAUAAAACUCACAAACCUCUCUCCCCAGAUCGUGAGAUGCCAACCGAAGGAACUCUCAUAGCUCUCGAUACUGAAUUCGUCUCAAUUCGUCAACCCGAAAUAGAAGUCAACUCCGAAGGCGAAAGACAAACUAUCCGGCCUAUUGCACACGCUCUAGCACGUGUCUCUGUUGUUCGAGGCUCAGGUGAUGAUGAAGGAUAUCCAUUUAUUGAUGAUUACAUCAAUUGCAAAGAUCCGAUUAUCGACUACUUGACGUCUUAUUCGGGUAUUAGUCCUGGUGACCUCGAUCCACAAAGAACGAAACACAAUCUCGUUUCUCUCAAGAUUGCUUACAAGAAACUCUGGAUUCUAUUAAAUCUUGGAUGUAAAUUUGUUGGUCAUGGACUCAAAACAGACUUUAGAGUCAUUAAUAUACAGAUACCAAAAUCACAUGUCAUUGAUACAGCUGAUCUUUUCUUUAUACCAUCCAAACAGAGAAAAUUGGGAUUGGCGUUCUUGGCAUGGUAUUUAUUCAGAGAAGAUAUUCAAGUCGAGACGCAUGAUAGUAUUGAAGAUGCAAGAACCGCGUUGAGAUUAUGGAAAAAAUGGGAAGAAUGGACUGCGUCAGAAGAAGUUGGAGGGAUGUUAGUGGAGGAAUUGUUGAUUGAAGUUUACAGACAAGGACAAGCGUGCAAUUUUAGACCACCCAGUUUCAAUGCUAGGAAAGAGAGAGAAAGAGAGAGAGAAAGAGAGGGGAGGGAUAUUAGUAGAACUAAUACUCCACCAGCAAAUGGUAACGACGAUGGUGGUGUAAGCUUGAAGGGACCAAGUACACCGGUUCGAAAGCCACUUGGAACGUUACCGUUUGGCUCUGGGGGAGGUGGGACUGUAAAUGGGAGUGGGUUUUCUAACUUUGGAGGAGGAGGUAGUGGGUGGACGCCGGGUAAAGGAAGUCCAUUACGGUGA